CGUGUCUCUCAGCAUAGUCGAGGGUACGGAACUGGGCAGGAGCCUUGUUGAGACGGGUGUUGGCCGCUGUGGUUUUUUCGAUUAGCAACGAUUUUACGAUCACCACAAAAAUUAUGAUUGCACAUCUCCUCCCCCCGUUCUCGUCCAUAUCUCCCACUGUGUUUCUUCGCGUUCCAUAAACAUUUUUUUAUGGCUCUCACUUCCUUUUUUCCUUCUUUUGCUCUAUUUCGUCUAGGAGGAUCUUGGAGAACUGGACAUUUGGGGGGUAGAGAGAUCGCAAGGAUAAAAAUGAAAUCUAUCUUGUCCGCAACGUACUGAAAAUCGAUCCACGGCCCUUCCUCUGAUUGCGAAUCACACGACCCAUGGCGUCUAACUGUUGUCGGCAAGAAGCACGAAAAGAAUGUUAGCAAAAGGCUGCCGCUUGGUCCUGCAAUAAUUUGAAUUGCUCGAUGGGGGACGGUGAUCGGGCUCGUACCUGAUGCUUCGCAAAGUUGGCUGCUGCGGAAUGGGGUUGGCAGUUGUGAGAUCGAUUCUCGUCGAAAUUGGCUGGGUUUCGUCUGUCUCGCUUUCUGUGUGGGCUUAGGGUGCGCGUCGCUAAGCUAACCGAGUUGACUCUAGCGCCGAGCCCCACCAACCUUGGAACAUCCGCAACAGAAACCUGCAGCUGGCUUCUUCCACGGUGACAACCUGCUGCGGAUGAAGUAUCAAUCCACCAGGCGCUGAGCUGGGUAUUGAUAUUGGCAUUCGGGGUGAUGGCAGGAUCUCUUCCAAUCUCGCCAUGCAUGAAAUUGGGUGAUGGGGAUGGAUGCCCGUUGCAAGGUUGCUCUCUCCCACGAUAAGAUCUAUCAAAGUCUGGGCGUCAAACAGUUAUUCUGGCGGAUUCCUUGUCAGUAUUACGUGACUCUGCUAUAAUGUGGUUCUUGAUCUAUUGCUCUUCCACGUCCUGUUCGAUGGGGCAAAACAUGGGGGCUUUGGUCACUAAGAACAAUGAAUGCAACUUGAUUUUUUGAUUUUUUUGAAUUUUUUUGAAUUUUUUUGAAUUUUUUUGAAUUUUUUUUUUAAUUGUUACUUUUAUUCGUGAUGCAGACUUGCUGAUUAUUUUAUGUUCCUUUGUAUCUUCAGUUAUAUUAUCUGUUGGCGGAUCUCUAUGAUUUCCUCCCACCUUACUCAACUUUUUAGGUGCGUUUGCUCAAGUGCUGAGUUAAACUCACAAAUGGUUGUUGUUUCAGACAAGGGGACUGAUCUUUCAGUUCACGCUCUACGAGCGAGUGGCUUUGUCGCAUCUGUUUUGAAAUGAUGAUUGUUUUACAACUUGUGCGCUGUUGAUGUGUUAUUUGGGUUCCCCACCACUUUCUGUCUGCUGCUGGGCGUCGGGGAACAAGCUGUGCCAUGCUUGGAAACAGCCCACACCAGAACUGGUCGCGACAUACCAGUAUAGAUACGUUGUCCCCAUGGGUUGUCGGGCAUAUCAAUCUCUGUGGACUCUGCUCGUUGUAGCGAUGCUCAUUUUAGCGAGCGCUUGAAUGCGAACGCUGGAACACUGGAACACUGGAACACGAGAACUCAAAGACGCUAAGCGCCACCCUUCAUGAAAACUGGCUGGUUGGGCUACAUUGUUGUUCAACAUAGGUGGUUUUUGCCAGGCUUCCGACAACUGACCAGCAGAGGGCGGUGUCAUCCCUAAAAUCUCAUAUUUGGAGAGUGAAAUACUCCUUAGAACCUUCUGAUGGAGAGGCAUGGCUAUUUGGGACUAUUGGAAUGGCUUCUAUUGGUGGGUCCGUGUUUGUGAGGCAGCUUUGUGAUCCAGGGUGAACUAUGACGGUGGCCAGCUUGAGAUCUAUUCGUUCUAUAGAAAUUGAAUUUUGACAAACAAUAUGAAUAAGAUAAAAAAGGGCUUUAGUUCAACGACGAUAGCCCCUAGUAAUUCCAUGCCACAGCGGGCUGAUGUAGUCUUCCUCCCCUCCGUGGCCCAAUGAAGCCUUUAGACGAGAGAUCCGCGUCAUAGCCGCGCUGCCACCAGGUUUAAGUUGCUCCCAAGUAAGCAAGGCCAUAAGUUACAAGUUACCUAACCUCCUCCGCCCAACCACGCAAGCACCACCAACCACACGCACUCCCCGCCCUGCCAUCCUCCUCUACACAGCACCCAAGGAUCAUGUCGGACUCGGACUCGUCUUCGCUGUCUUCUCCUCCGUCCACAGAUGAUGAAACCAUCGCCGCCUCCGUCAACCGCAGUAUGGGCCUGGGAAAGUAUUUCAAACCCCAGACGCCCGCCAAACCAGCCUCUCCUCCGCCGCCAAAACGUGCCCCCUCGCCGCCUCAUGAAUAUGUUCUCGCAGACAAUCCAGACAUUGCAUUUAUCGUGAUGUUCCGCUCCAGAUUCUCGGAUGUCUUUCCAAAAUCACUUCCACACUACGGACCACAGGAUAUUGAGAGAGGAGUCACGGAUACUGUCCCUGGAGAUCAUAUUAUGAGAUUAUUGUGCGCUUUAAUUGGCCUGUGCCUUAACAGGAAGAGAGAUGUUGAGAGGGACCAUUACCAACGCGCCCUCGAGGAGGUUGUGCAGACGCACUCAUCACAGUGGCCACGAUCGUGGGGCGGUAAAAACCCCCUUCAUGGCGGGGGAAGCUUUGCGACAAUGACCCCUACUGAACGACUGGCCUUCCUCAAGGCAUUGAUACUUUGGGCCCUCUCAUCCUCCGACGCCGUCCAAGCCAAACUGAAAGCAUCCUAUAAACAAACGAGACACGAUGACGAUCUCAAUCAGCCAUUAUCCGUCCAACCAUGGGGGAAUGAUGCCUAUAAACGCCGGUAUUGGCUUAUUGAGGGCAGGGAUGAUACACAUUUCAGACUGUACCGGGAAAGCAACCCUGCGCUGAAGAACAGGACAUGGUGGAGCGUUGCAGGGACUAUUCCUGAACUGAGAAGCGUUGCGGAUUCUCUUGCUGAGGAGAAGUCGCAGCACUCUAAACGGCUGAGUGAGAAGAUCUUUACCAGCAUUCCGAGAUUCGAGGGCUCUGAGGAGAAACGAAAGCGUCGCGACUAUCGCCUGGCGCGGAAAGCCGCAUUCGCUCGUCCGGAACCUGGCUUCUCUCUCUACGAAGGCCGAACUCGCGGCAAGAAGCUCAAAUACACAUAUUCCGAUGAUGAUGAUGACUUCUCAUCCGACGCCCUCCCUACCCGGAGAUCAGCUCGCCAGUCCCGCUUCUCAACCCCAGGUGAAAUGCCCGCCGGCCCAACCUUUACCGCCAGCGGCCGGCAGGUCAAACCACGGAUUGUCGGAGCGUACGGCCAGUCCCUGCUAAGUGGUCAACGGCAAGAAUCAACACCGCUGCUGCCGCGGUCUGUUGGGCCUAGCGGUGGCGAGGAAGGGGAUGGCGAGAGUGAACAGCCUGUUUCCAACGGAAGAAGGCCGCAUCGGAGUAGGAUGGGUCGGCAGUCGAAUGGCGCGGGGAGACAUAUUGAAGGGUAUAAUGCAGUUGAUGAAAUGGACGAGGAAUCGGAAGCUGCGUCGUCGAGUGGGAAUGAAUGGGAUGGCGGCGAGGACAAUGAGUAUGGAGAUGAGGAUGAGGAGAUGAGUGACGCCGAGUCAUAUAGCCCUGAUCCUAGCGAUAAUGAUGGGAACGGCUACGGUACUAGCCAGCGGAGUUUGGUGGUCCAGCUAAGAUAUGGGAAAGCGAAGCGGGGGCUAGGAAGCAGCAGUCCUACCGCAGCUCCUAACACGCCUCCUAACCCAACUGCAGGCCAAGCUCCAGGUGCAAGCCCACAACCUAUACCAGUAAAGCCAGAAGCAAGCGAACCAAAUCGCCAGCAUCCGUUCGCAGUGGUUGUAUCUGCACCAAAUGAUCCACUGUACCAGCAGCGGUACCACUACCACCACCAACUGCUGUAAAUUCGGACAAAGAACAUAUCAUCUCUCCUGAGCCUACAGCUCCUCCCACUACAGCCACUACCACUCCGCCGCCGCCAUCCGUGACUAGCUCGAAAGAUACUCAUCAAGUAUCCAAUAUAAUGCCCGCAGUGAAACAACCUCAACUUUCCUAUGGAUUCCAAUAUCCCGCAACCAAAAACACCUUCAUCCACCAUCCGAUCAGAACGGAGUUCUUCCCGGGCUACAGUAAUCCACGGCAUUUCCUGUCCCGCCACGAUCUACUAAGGAUUCUGAUCAAUCCGUACUCUUACUCUUUUCUUUUUUUUUAUUUUCAAUUCAUAUAGAGAGCUGAAAAAGUUCGAUAACUUGUUAUCUUCCUCGUGUGGUUUUUAUCCGGGAUAGGUUGUUAUGCAAAACCAAUCGGCAACAUCGUCGACCAAAGAUUCACAUUUUAAUAAUCUGUUUACUUCGUUUGUCCGUUUUGUUUCUCCUUCUUUUCGCGUGUGUAGCGACAAUGGAAAUUCGAUGGGGUAUAUGUUUUGAUUGAAUGGGCGUGGGGACCUUGGUGCUGUUUUAUUUGUUUCUUUAAUCAAUCCCUCUCACUCUUUGCUUUGACUUAACCGUCUGGUAGGGGGAUUUGUGAUUUAUUUAGCUUUGUCAGGUUAUUUCACCUUUUCUUGUUUCUUUCUUUUCUAUCUCUCUCUCUUCCUCUAUUUCUCUCCCUUUUGGUAUGUUAAGGUGUUCCAGUUUUCCAUUCAGCUAUUAACGUACCCUUUCGCAAACUUCGCAAGGGUUCGUUUUAUUUAAGCAGAGGGUUUAUUGUUAUUUUUUCAAUCUCUUUCUUGCGAGGUUUGGUGGAUGUUAAU